AUGAAGUGCCUUUUUAAAUUUCUAAGUCUGGGGAGACGGAUUCACUUCCAUAAAAAAAAAAAAAUAGAAACAAAGAAACGUACGUGCACCAAUGAACGAGCUCUAUUCUUACCACGUGAGCAACAAAUCUCAGCCCCUGGUCUCGCGAUAACUCUCGAACGUGAAGCCAACUUCAGCGUCUCCCUCUACUGUUAUGCCAUCCGUUGCUCCCUGACGGUCACCUGGUGCAGCCGAAGGCCGAACAAUUCACCAAGGUUGGACGCGACUGCUAAGCUAGCCGGCUAGCUAGCCCAGGCUAACAACCCUCGACCGAAAUGCUCGCGCGCCUGCUGUCCUCGCUCCUCAACAACCUCCAUGUCGUCGAGAGGCUGGCGGAGUCGCGUCCGAUGCGCCGGGCGGCCCAGAUCACCGCCUACGCCCUCACCAAGGCCCAGAUCGCCGGGCGGGACGCGUCGCAGCGGGUCCUGCGCUCCCAGACGCUGCGGCAGGUGCGGGAGGAGGCCGGCCGGGUCCCCGGUGACCUGGGGGAGGUGGGCAGCCGCCUCAGGAGGGUGCGACAGACGUUCGUGAACGAGCUGAAGGAAGGGUUCAAGGAGGGCUCCAGACAGAUCAAGAAAUAAAGAGAUGUUUAAAAGGUGACUGGGAGCCACACGUCGUGUUUCAUAACCUCACCUGGCUGCCUGCCGAGGGUGGCGACGCAACAGAGGAGGAAUGCUGUAACCCACCUGCGUCAUCAGUGCGCGACGACAACAACAAGGAGUCUUCACAUAUCUGUACUCUAUGGACAGUUAAUUUCUGACAAACCACAUGAUUUAGCUGUAUUCGCAUUUCUGAGAACACCAGGACCUUCAUCUUUUUCCUUUGUUCUUUUAGAAAUCCUGUGGGGAAAAGUAGGAAUCGUAGUGGAGAGGUUAAGUGCACUCUGUCAAUCUUAGUCCUUUCGACCAAUAGAACAGACACGGUCUUUCCACCAACCCCUGCUCCUGUGACACCGAUCAUGCCGAAGACCAUUUGUGAACAUUUGAGUCGCCAGUGGGAAUUGUUCCUGUCAGCCGAGUGUGUGUUUGGAAGGGAUGUGGUAUGCAAGACAAUGAAUUCACUGCUGUACAAAUAAAGAUGAUAAUUUAUAACACA